CCUGCUCCUCGGGGGCCGCGGGGGAGCGGGCCAGCGCGGCUGUGGGCCGCGGCCGAGGAGGUGAAGGGCAAGCGUCACCAGCCUAGUUCAAACCCCUGCGUUCUCAAACAGGAUGGUUGCAGCGGCCUCCUGGAAGUCCUAAACAGUUCAUCUUGGUGUACCGUUUUCCUGUUGUGAUUGCAUCAUGGAAAAUCAAUUGGCUAAAUCAACUGAAGAACGAACAUUUCAAUACCAGGAUUCUCUUCCAUGUCUGCCUGUUCCUUCACUUGAAGAAUCAUUAAAAAAAUAUCUUGAAUCAGUAAAGCCAUUUGCAAAUAAAGAAGAAUAUAAAAAAACUGAAGAAAUUGUCCAAAAAUUUCAAGAUGGUAUUGGAAGAAAAUUGCACCAGAAAUUACUUGAAAGGGCAAAAGGAAAAAGAAAUUGGCUGGAAGAAUGGUGGCUGAAUGUUGCCUAUCUGGAUGCUCGUUUACCGUCACAACUGAAUGUCAAUUUUGCUGGUCCUGCACCUUAUAUUGAACACUACUGGCCUCCAAAGGAAGGCACUCAGUUGGAAAGAGGAAGUAUAAGUCUUUGGCAUAACUUGAACUACUGGCAGCUAUUAAGAAAGGAAAAAGUGCCUGUUCAUAAAGUUGGAAAUAAUCCUCUAGAUAUGGAUCAAUUCCGAAUGGUGUUUUCCACAUGCAAGAUUCCAGGGAUUACUAGAGAUUCAAUUAUGAAUUAUUUUAGGACUGAGAGCGAAGGGCGUUCCCCAACUCACAUUACGGUGCUUUGUCGAGGCCGAGUCUUUGUCUUUGAUGUAAUGCAUGAAGGAUGUUUGAUGACCCCACCAGAGAUUCACAGGCAAUUGACAUAUAUUCACAAGAAGUGCCAUAGUGAACCCGAUGGACCUGGGAUACCAGCAUUAACCAGUGAGGAGCGAACCCGAUGGGCUAAGGCACGAGAAUAUUUGAUUAGUCUUGAUCUGGAGAACUUGACUAGGUUAGAAAAAAUUCAAAGCAGUUUACUGGUGUAUUCCCUAGAGGAUAGCAGUCCACGUGUAACGCCAGAAGAUUAUUCUCAGGUAACUGCAAUGAUUCUUGCAGGAGAUCCAACAUUGCGCUGGGGAGACAAAUCUUAUAACUUGAUUUCCUUUUCCAAUGGAGUAUUUGGCUGUAAUUGUGAUCAUGCUCCUUUUGAUGCGAUGGUUCUAGUAAACGUCAGCCAUUAUGUUGAUGAGAAAAUUGUAGAGAAUGAAGGAAGAUGGAAGGGUUCAGAAAAAGUACGGGAUAUAUCACUUCCAGAGGAGCUCGUUUUCACUGUGGAUGAUAAAAUCCUAAACAACAUUAAACAGGCUGAAGCCCAAUAUCUCAAGCAGGCAUCUGAUCUGCAGGUUGUGGUGUAUGCCUUUACAUCUUUUGGCAAAAAACUAACCAAGAAGAAGAGGCUUCACCCUGAUAUAUUUAUUCAGCUUGCACUUCAGCUGGCCUAUUACAGACUUCAUGGACGCCCUGGCAGCUGCUAUGAAACUGCCAUGACCAGAUACUUUUAUCAUGGCCGCACAGAGACUGUGAGGUCAUGUACAGUAGAAGCAGUCAGGUGGUGCCAGUCCAUGCAGGAUCCUUCUACUAGUCCUCUUGAGCGACAGCGAAAGAUGUUACAAGCUUUUGCAAAACAUGAUAAAAUGAUGAAAUAUUGUUUGGCUGGAAAAGGAUUUGACCGUCAUCUUUUAGGUCUUUUACUCAUAGCAAAAGAGGAAGAUCUUCCAGUUCCAGAACUCUUUACAGACCCACUUUUCUCCAAAAGUGGAGGAGGUGGAAACUUUGUUCUCUCAACAAGUCUGGUUGGGUAUUCAAGAGUCCUGGGAGUGGUGGUUCCCAUGGUACACAAUGGCUAUGGAUUUUUCUACCACAUCAGAGAUGACAGGUUUAAUGUGGCCAGUACAGCCUGGAAAUCCUGCCCAGAAACUGAUGCAGAAAAGCUGGUUCAGCUGGUUUUUCAUUCUUUCCAAGAUAUGAUGCAGCUGAUGAACACUGCUCGUCUUUAGAGACUAGUCAUUUAUUAAGCAUUUACAAAAAUAUUAAACUGGGUGUGGAGAGUGGGUUGUUGAUGUGAGAUAGAAAGGAAUAUUGAUUUUUCUCACCUAGAAGAUAAAAAUAGGAUUUUUAAGCUUCCUGUGAUGCAGUAGCAAUGCAAAUUGAUACAAUGAAAUAUAGCAUCAUGCGAAAGUUGAAGAUGAGCCUCAACAAUGCAAGUCUACAAUUUUUAAUAAUGCAAGUCUUACUCUUAACUUACAAAUAUUUUUGUUGGUACCUGUAUAGGUUAUAAAUCCUCUGACCAUCAUUGUAGAGUCUGUCUUCCAGGCACUUUAACAUUUUCUAGUUGCCAAAGGAUAUAAAGUACAUGAUUAAAUGCUAACUCCCCAUGAAAUCAUUGCCUUCCACAUUCAGCACAGGGAUACAAGCCUGCUUUGUUUGAUGGGAAAGGCCACUACAAUUUACUGGUCAUUUAAAAGUAGAAUUUCUGUUGGAUAUAAGAAUUAGAGGGAGGUUUAUACCCUGUGAUGCAUAUAGACAAAAAACCUAUCAAAUUUCAUUAUAACUAGUUUGUGAAUAUAAAAUGAAAGCACAUAUUUAGAGUUGGUGACUUUAAAAAGAUUGAAUGUUGAAUCAGAUUCUCAGGAUUUUACAGGUUUUUUUUCCCUGCUGUUCAAAAUAGAAAAUAAAGCUGUCAAUCCUACA